CGCCAAUUUAGGAAUGCGAUAAGUUUGUUGAGUUCGUCUUAUACCAAGAUCAAUACGUAUGUGGUAGGAUAUGUCUAUGCAUUCCCCAAAGCAGUAGAGAAGCUCAGGCAGCUAGUUUCACAUCUCAGCUCUUUUUGGCGGGGUAUCCAGUUAUAUUUCCAAGAACCCAGCCGCUUCUUUCCCUUAACAAUUUCUCAUCCAAACCCACAGAACCAAAACAAACUCACCGCGAACCUGUCUCACAGUAAAGGAAAUAUCGGUCAAUAAGCUCUUUGAAGCUUAGUGCCAACCUGACUUACAGAGAGAUUUACCCUCGGAACCUUGCAUUGCCAACUUGCACAGCCCAAAGCCCAAGCUAGAGGGGACUGCCAAUGGUGCCAUAAUCAUGCCGCAGCCAGGUGCAGCAGGGCCUUCCCGGGCGAGCCAGUUGGCCGACGGCGGUGGUGCCACAACGAGCAAACCAAGCGGCCCCGAAAAGAUCCCACAGCUCACCAAUGUUGCGCCCAGCGUGUUCAUCCCCUUCAACGACGACGUGACCAAGGACACGGAGGACGGGCCCCGAGACCGCAUGCAGCGCCUACGGCGGAUCCUCGAGAGCGUCGACUACCAGCGCGACGGCGUCAAGGAGAACCUCCUGUUCCUGUUCCAGCGCGAGAAGACGCGCAUCAUGCAGGAGUCGCUGGCGCAGGAGCUCAAGUCGGGCCAGGGCGAAUACAAGCCAGCCCUGAAGCCGCGCGAGGUGGACUGGGUGGUGGGCAACAUGGCGGCCAAGGCGCAGCCGGGCUUCGACUACAACAUCAAGCAAAUGCCGUACCCGGAGCAGUCACGGCCAGUGCUGCCGCCCUCCGCCACCAUCCGCGACAAGGCCACCGCCAACAUGUUGCAUCUUGUAGAGGCUGGGAUCCAGGAGCUCACCGGCUACGAUGCGCACAUGGGCGAGAUCAGGCGGUACUACAUUGGCUGCCUCGACAAGGAGCUGGAGAGGCUCGAAGUCGUCGGCAUGCGGCCCGAGGAACGGCCACAGCGGGUUGCUCAGGCUCAAAUGUGAAGCAAGCAGGGCGAGCAGGAGAAGAGGGAAGCGAUUUUGCCAGACAGGGUGUAAAAUAACAACUUUCAUCGUCGAGGAGUCCAGUUACUGCCGUUCUCUGAAGUUCUGUCUGAAGUUCUGAACUCGAGCAACACGUUUGGCCAUGGCAGACGGAUUAUUCCGUAGACAUCAAAAUCUCAUGCUGCCCCAUUCCAUGCAUCUACUUCUCAAUACUCAGUGUUCCACACCGUUCUCGAACAACCCCACAAUAAACAUACUGUCUGCACAAUUCAUGCCCAGACAACACAGUCAAAACAAAAACAGAGCUAUCUGGUAAAGGGGAUGUGG